AUGGCUCGCCAGCCUGAUAUAGCAACCCAAGCAAGCUUACUAGGUUUACCACGUGAAAUCCGAGAUCUGAUCUACCUCAACCUGAUCCCACAACGUACUUGCCCACCUGAGAACCCAAACAACGCCGGUGACCGUGAACCAGAUGCCUCGUCACCAUGUACCACGUUCUUCGAGGUGGUGUCUCCCAAGCCCGCCAUGCUCCAACUCAAACUAUGCAAUCGCCAAUUGUACGAAGAAGUUCAUCACAUAUCCAGGAAACACCUAUGGUUCCAUAAUGGCGCAGCUCACCUAGAUAUCAUGGUCAAAGGCAGCUCCAUAUGGCCCACGUGGAUAUUGUUGCCGGUAACACCGUACUUGGAUCCGGUGGUCGACGUGACGUUACGCAUCUUCGAAGCCACAGGCUGGGGCUCUGAGUUCUCAACCCGAGCCUACAGGGCAUUGUGGACGUUGUUCCGCCUGCUGGUGUUCCACGGUUCAUGUCUGAACCACAAUACACGAGGCCUAGCAACGCCCUUGGAUAUCACUAGGCUACGCUUCGACGUUCGUCUCUGCUUCCCGACAUCUGUGGAUGAUCUGUUUGGUACCUAUAGGGACGUCUUCGGCAAAAUCGAGAAGCUUGCUUUUGACAAUGUGGGCUUGGGGCAUAUUGCAUCGAUCGAAGCCUGCUUGGGCGACGACAAGCGUGUGUGGAGGCUGAAACAGUUGCCUACCGGCUUGACAUGGGCUAGCAGGGUGUAG